AUGGUUUUAUCUCAAAGACUAUUCCUUUCACGAAAAUCUCACUCUUUUGCAAGUGCCCAUGUUACCAAAUCUCAUAAUUCUAUCCCCAACCCGGUUAAACAUCUUGAAUCGGAUCUGGUCUGUAACGCACACCACGCGUUCGACGAAAUUCCUGACUUAAAUGUCAUUUCUGCUACAGCGGUGAUUGGUCGCUUUGUGAAGCAAAACAGGCAUGUAGAGGCAAGUCAUGCCUUCAAAAGAUUGUUGUGUUUGGGCAUAAGGCCAAACGAGUUCACGUUUGGCACCGUCAUUGGGUCUUCUUCAUCUUUGAGAGAUAUCAAAUGGGGUAAGCAGCUACAUUGUUAUGCAUUAAAGGUGGGGCUUUCGUCGAAUGUGUUUGUGGGUAGUGCUGUUUUAAACUGUUAUGUGAAGCUGAGUACGCUGGUAGAUGCUCGUAAGAGUUUUGAUGAUACCAGAGACCCAAACGUAGUUUCCAUUACCAAUUUGAUAAGUGGGUAUCUUAAGAAACAUGAGUUUGAGGAAGCCCUUUUGUUGUUUAGAACAAUGCCGGAGAAAAGUGUUGUUACUUGGAACGCAGUUAUUGGAGGGUUUAGCCAGACAGGGCAGAACGAAGAAGCUGUAAAUACGUUUGUGGAUAUGUUAAGGGAAGGAGUGGUGAUGCCUAACGAAUCAACCUUUCCUUGUGCUAUAACAGCCGUGUCCAAUAUAGCCUCCCAGGGUGCUGGUAAAAGUAUACACGCCUGCGUUAUUAAAUUCUUGGGUCAGCAGUUUAGUAAUGUUUAUAUUGGGAACUCUCUGAUAAGUUUUUACUCAAAAUGUGGAAACAUGGAAGAUAGUCUUCUGGCUUUCAACAAGCUCCGAGAAGAAGAGCGGAACAUUGUAUCUUGGAACUCUAUAAUAUGGGGUUAUGCGCAUAAUGGAAGAGGAGAAGAAGCUAUAGCCAUGUUUGAGAAAAUGGUCAGCGACACAAACCUGAAACCAAACAAUGUGACACUUCUUGGACUAUUAUUUGCAUGUAACCACUCGGGCCUAAUUCAAGAAGGUUACAUGUAUUUUAACAAAGCAGUGAAUGGUUAUGAUGAUCCAAACCUGCUACAACCAGAGCAUUAUGCUUGUAUGGUGGAUAUGCUCUCUAGGUCAGGUCAUUUCAAAGAAGCAGAGGAGCUUAUCAAAAAUAGUCUUCUGGCUUUCAACAAGCUCCGAGAAGAAGAGCGGAACAUUGUAUCUUGGAACUCUAUAAUAUGGGGUUAUGCGCAUAAUGGAAGAGGAGAAGAAGCUAUAGCCAUGUUUGAGAAAAUGAUUCACUCAAACAAGCGUCUGGCAAAAUUAGUAGCGUCUAAGAUCUUGGAGAUGGAUCCCAGAGAUGUUUCAUCAUACGUAAUGCUUUCAAAUGCUUACUCUGCCGCGGGAAAGUGGCAGAAUGUGUCAGAGAUAAGGAGGAAGAUGAAGGAAAUGGGUUUAAAGCGUGUCACAGGAUGUAGUUGGAUUGAAGUUAGAGACCAAGGUCGUGUCUUUGUGAAUGCUGACAAGAAGAACGAACUCAAGGGUGAAGUGUAUAGGAUGUUGACACUUAUUACACAACAUCUUAGAGGAAGAUGA